GUCUUCAAAGUUUUAGCACAACACUCAAUCGAUUAAACAACCACCAAUAUACACAAUGUUUAAACUUGAAAAUCAUCAUAGUCUAACACUCUCAAUAAUCUUCCAAGAAAUCAACUCCAUUUUUAAUUUCUUUUUGUGUUUUAUGUGGGUAAAACUCUCCCAUGUCAACGGCAAAUCGUUUGACCCAUUUUCCAAUUUUAAGUUUACCAACCAAAUUCAACCCUUUUCAUUCUAGUUCCUUUUCCUUCCACUGUAGUUGUUCUUCCCCAAAACUUACACUUUCCAGUAAUUUUCUUUCUGGGAAAUACCCAAUUUCCAGAAAAAGAAGAAGAUUAAUGCGUGAAAAUGUCAAAAAAAUCCCUGCUUUAGGGUCUGAUGAUGGUGAAGAAAGCAUCAAUGCUUUUGAGCAAGAGGUUUUACUUGAUGGGUCUUCCAAUCUUCGCUCUAAUCUUGCUUCACCUGAAUUUGAAGCCACUCUCAAUCGUUUGAGCAAAUGGGUAAUUGCUGUUGUAUUUGGUGCUCUCCUACUUUGGAGACAUGAUGCUGAAGCUGUGUGGGCUGCUAUAGGUUCUAUUUUGAACUCCGCGUUAUCUGUUGCUUUGAAAAGAUUGUUGAAUCAAGAGCGUCCACUUGCAAACGUGAGAUCGGACCCUGGCAUGCCGUCAUCUCAUGCGCAAUCCAUCUUUUAUGCUGUCACUUUUUUCAUUAUGUCAAUGGUGGAGUGGCUGGGGGUGAAUGAAAUCACAGUGAUCUUUACGGCUUUUGCUCUGAUGUUUGGCUCAUAUCUUUCAUGGUUACGAGUCACACAAAAACUCCACACAGUCGAUCAGGUGGUUGUAGGUGCUAUCUUGGGUUUUUGCUUUUCACUCGCGUGGUUAUGGUUUUGGAAUGCCGUUGUUGCAGAAGCAUUCAAUUCCUAUAUGUGGGUUCAAGUUUCUAUCUUGUUCACAUCUGCUGUAUGUUGCUCGGGGUUCGUUCUAUACGUUAUACUUAACUGGUUUAGGAAUGACCGAUGAUAUACCGCAACAUUUGGUGAAAAAAUCUUGUGUAUUCUGAAUUUAAUGUAAAUUUCAUAGCAUAGGAGCUUCAUUUAGCAAGUAAGAAAAAGAAAUGAGAUUCCAACCCAUUGUAUUUGUGGGAUUGUUGUUCUUGCUCCCUUGGUAAAAAAAAAUAUGUAAAAAACUGGUCUGAAUUCUUCCAAUUUCUCCACCAUAUGUUGAUGGGUUCAGAAAUAUACUUGUUGUUAAUAGUGAUUCAA